AUGUCUCUCGCUGACUACUUGGCGAAGAACUACCUUACUGCAGAUUCGGAAAAGAAAUCUAAAAAGCGCAAACGGAAACACAGGGACGGAGGACUCACAAUCGACGACGAUGAUAAUCUCGGUUGGACAGAGAAGGCAGAUGAGGGCGAUGAGGAUGCACCCAUGAUUGUUGGUGGAGGCACACUUAAGAAAUCCAAGAAGAAGUCGAAAGGCACCAGCGCCGCGAUCUGGACAGCCGUUGGCGUCGCCGCACCCUCACACGCGGAACAGCUCGCCGCCGAUGCUGCCGCUGCAGAUGCGAUCAUAGCGGGGACCGCCGCGGACCGCCAAAAGGCGGCUGAAGAAGAGGACGAGGCGCCGGAAAUGGUGGACACAGAGGGUGUGCUAAGAAUGGCUUCAGGCGCAAAGGCAGGCCUACAAUCUGCCGCGGAAGUAGCAGCAGAUGUGAAGCAGAAACAAGAUGAGGAGAAGCGGAAAGCGGCAGAGGUAGUAAAGGAGAUGGGCAAUACCGCCCAGGAAACUAUCUACCGAGACGCAAGUGGUCGCAUUAUCAACGUCGCAAUGAAGCGUGCGGAAGCGCGGAAGAAGGCCGAGGAUGAAGAACGCAAGAAACUUGAGAAGGAAAAGGCGGCGCGCGGAGAUGUACAGAACGCGGAAGCCACACGGAGAAAACAGCAACUCCAGGAUGCCAAGACGAUGACGGUCGCACGGCACGCAGACGACGCAGAAAUGAACGACGAGUUGAAAGAGCGGAGUCAGUGGAACGAUCCUGCUGCUGGCUUCUUGCGCAAGAAGAAAGCGGGACGAAGUAUAACAGGCAAACCGCUAUACCAGGGAGCGUUCCAACCAAAUCGGUACGGUAUCCGCCCCGGCCAUCGAUGGGAUGGCGUAGAUAGGGGCAACGGAUUCGAAAGCCAAUGGUUCAAUUCGAGAAACAAAAAGGCGAACAUUGAAAAACUAGAGUAUCAAUGGCAGAUGGACGAGUAA